AUGCGCAAAAGGAAGAACGAUAUUUUAAAUGGUGCUCAAGAUUCGACCUUGCGAGGUGUUCAACCAUUGAAUCGUCGAAUGACUCUAGCCUCAAGGUGGGAACAAAGAUACCCAUUUUUAGUUGUAGAAAUUGGCAAUACGAAAAGUGUAAAAAGAUAUGAGCUUGCUGCGGAAUAUUUUCUUCACAUAUCACGAUUUAAUUCAUCUCUACACAAAACUAUCUUCAAUAUGUUGCAACGUUCCGGUCACUGGAGUUUUAUUUGGGACGACAUUCCUUGCGAUGGUGCUAAUAUUAAGUAG